AUGACAACGUUAACAAACGUUUCCAUACCAGAAGAGGGUGUUCGCCUCACACAACCUCACGUGAGCUUCAAUUGCAUUUUAUUAAAUUUUUUUCAUUUUUCAGGUUCAAGCUUACAUAGGAUCGCAAUCGCUUGGGAAUGGAACAUUGAUAAUUUCAGAGAGGUGUGUUUUUUUUUCUCUCGAUGGAACAAAAUUCGAUUCCUUUUUCAGAGCAGUGACGUGGACGCUGACUUCAGCGCAAUCCGGCGACCAUUCCGCUCAAGGAUUCGAGUUAUCCUACCCCUCUAUAGUUUUGCACGCAACUUCUACGGAUCGUUCCAAUUUUCCCGAAGAACACAUCUACAUAGUUGUCGACGGCAACAAAAGUGGUUCGCCUUUUUUUCUUUGAGUUCACAUUCCUAGUGCAAUAUAGUUGAACUAAGUCCAUGAGUGUAUUUUAGAAAGGAGAAGACGACGUGUGCCAUUAUUGCUGACGAAUGAGGAAGAAGCAGCACGAAGAGGUACGGCACACGUCGUCGAAUUCUCCCUUUCUCCUUGCUUACCUCAAAAAUCAAGAUAAUUUCCAGCGCUUCAAGUCGAGAGCGAAGAAAUGAACGAAGAUGAAGAUGACGACGACAGCGAGGCGGGCAGAAGCAUCGAAGUGCGUUUUGUUCCCGACGACAAGUCAUCAUGUGAGACUUUCCUUUUUCCUCAUCAAGCCUAAAUUCACUUCAAAAAGUUUGACCAGUGGCUUCACUUUUUUUUGCCUUUUAAAAACUUAUUUCAGAUAAACGAAUAAGCUAAAUUUUCUUCUCGAAAUUGAAUUUCGAAAAUUUUAACUUUUCAAGAAAUACAGCAACGGAUUCUCAAAUUCACACAUUGAUGUUGCACCAAAGCUUCCGUAUACUUGAAAUUAAUUCCUAAAAACUCAUUUUAAAGCAAUAUUUACAUACAAUAAAUCCAUAAGGAUAAAAGAGUACUUAUAAAUGCUUAAAAAUAAUCUUUCACAAAAUUGAAUAUUAGAAAAACGUUGAAAAAGUUUUUAAAGGCAAAAAAAAGAAGAUCGGGAUAGAUAUGAAAAAGUUUUUCGUCUAAUUGAACACCCUUGCUAAAUUCCUGCUUCAAUGUUCAUCUGACUUCUUUUCAGUAUCACAAAUUUAUCACGAAGUUUGCGUCGGUCAAGAGUUGAAUCCCGAAGAGGACGACGAUAUGUCAGGUAUCACUUUUCUUUAAUAAAAUUUCUAAAUUACAUCACUUAGACGAUGAAGGUUUGGAAUGUGACGAAGUUUCGAAUGGACAUGAUCUCCAAGUCAACGGAUCUGACGGUCACUGGUACACGGCCGAAAAUGUCGGUUCUUUUUUCAUUAUGCACCGAAAAAGAUUGUAUAAAUUGAUUUGCGAAAUUAGGGUUAAUAUUUAUUUGAAGAAGAAAACGAUGAACUGAUAUUUCCCGCAAAGCUUUUAAACAUUUUUUUCAUUUUCAUAUUGAUAUUUUUUCCUUGUAAAGUUUUGAGAAGCGCAAAAUUCUUUUUGCCUAAAAGUUGUUCAAAGUGCUCAAACGAAAACCGUUUAAAAAUUUUGCAAGAGAACUUUUUCUUUUGCAAUUUUUUAUCCUUUUCCUUUCUGUUGUUUCCUAAUUUUGACAGAUACCAACUCGAUUAGAGAUGAAAAUGGUAUUCAAUAAAUAGAAACCUGAAAAAAGACUGAGCCUCUUACUAAUUCCACAAAAAAUUCAAUUUAUUAAUCAUCCUUCGCCUUGUCAGUAACACGUCGAUAUUUUAAAUACCAGAAAAUAAAUUUAGAGGGAAAAUGAAGUGUAAUUCUACAGAUGGACGGCGUCGAACUGAGCGAGGAAGGAAUGGCGAACCUGCAGCGGAUGAUGGGCGGCCGUCGUGAUGAUUCUGACGACGAACAAAUCGAACAAUGA